UACUAAAAAUACAAGCAAAGUGAAAGUUCAUGAAGUUAAGUCAGUUAGUAAUAAACGAUUAUCAGAAUCUCAUUAUAGACAAGACUACGAUCUCGAAGAUGACGAUUGUGGAGAUCUAGCUCCUGUGAUGGAAUAA